CCUAAUUUAAUUAUUUUUGCUCCCUUUACAAAUAAUUUGAUUUUCCACCCUUUCUUUUCUCAUACUUCAAAUGGGGGUUUACACUGCAUUUGCUGCCUUAGCCUCAAAGCUUCUGGUUUCUCGCUAUUAAUUAAUUUCACUCCUACUGAAGCGCGUGUUUUCAAUAUCCCAUUCUUCAACAAAUCGAAGCCUUUUAUUUGUAUCCCUCUCAACUUCGAUCCAAUUUCUCAAAUUUAAUUUCGAUUAACAAUCUCCAGAUCUCCGAUCAAUGGCGAAAGAGUUCAACGUCCCGCCGGUGGUUUUUCCGUCGGGCGGAAACCCCGGUCCACAACAACGUCGACUUCCAACGGCGCCGUUUCAGCCGCCGAAAUCAUCAAACCCUAGCAUACCUUUCAUGUCCUUCGAUGUAGGAUCUGCAGCUGCUUCCACUUCAUUUUCCACUCCUCAAUUCGCCUCCACCACAAUCGGCGGCGGUUCAACGGGUUUCGAAGACGAGCCGCCGUUACUCGAAGAGCUAGGGAUUAACACAAAACAAAUUUACCAAAAAACCCUCAGUAUUCUCAAUCCCUUCCGCGUCAAAUCAGAUCUUCACGAAGAUGCUGAUCUGUCAGGGCCUUUUAUAUUUCUCAUGGCAUUUGGGCUUUUUCAAUUACUGGCAGGAAAGCUUCAUUUUGGAAUUAUAUUAGGCUGGGUUAUAAUGGCUUCGUUGUUUCUUUACGUCGUGUUCAAUAUGCUCGCGGGCCGAAAUGGGAAUUUGGAUUUGUACAGGUGUGUUAGCCUGAUCGGUUACUGUAUGUUGCCUAUUGUGAUUUUGUCCGCGAUCUCGUUGUUUUUGCCUGGAGGAUUGGUGAUUAAAGUGGUGACAGGAGUUUUCGUGAUAUGGUCCACCCGGGUUUGCACUAGGCUCGUGGUUGAACUGGCGUCCUGUGGGGAUGAGCAUCGUGGCCUGAUCGCUAUCAAAUAAAGAAGGCCAAUGAACAAAAGGCUGAAGAAGAUACGGAAAGCUAACCCCUUUAUGCAUAAUCUGGACAAUUUGGCUUGAGAGGAAGAGAAGAUACUUUGAAGGGAAUAGGGUAUUAAUUUUUUUUGUAAAGUACAGAUGUAUGCAGAAUUUAUCUUAUUGGCAUGGUGUAAAUCCUGUAAUUAGCACGGUUGAUUUCUUGGACUUGUUAGAUUCUGCUCUUGGUCUUGGGUAGUCUGAAAACAGGUCCAACUUCUUGUACUCCGUUUUUGGCACCUUGCGGGUACUGAUUUUAUUAAUAAAACUACCUUAUCAACAAAAUAAGUGAAAUCAAAUAACCACAUGAAUGAUAUGUGUGAUGGUGGUUAAUGAUGAUUGAAUUCUUAUGUGUCA